AUGAUUAACAAAAACUUUAAUUUGCUGCUUAAAUUAAGCAAAACCGAUUUCCCACCACCAGGGGUUGGGUUCGGAAACAAUUCAAGACCAUUCACACCCGUGGAUCAAACCAUGAAGACACCCCUUGAUGCCCCUCAACAGUUCUUUCCUAUAGUUCCACAACAACAACAACAAAUGAGUGGUCUGGAAUUUUCGCUUAAUCCGGCUGGGAACUCAAUAUACCAGAAUCCAAGAGACAAUGAGUCAGACGAUAUUCUUACCGAUAUAGAUGAACCAAAUGGAUUCUACAAGAAGAAUUUUACUUUAUUUUUUACUAGUCAUUUUGAUCAAGUGUUAUUGACUAUAUAUUCCAAUGUUUUAUCACUGCCGACUACAACACCGUUUCUGGGUACUAUUCCUCCAAGUGGAUUGGUGAGUCGAGUUGCAAAUGAAACCAUUAAAGAAUUGAUAAAAAAUACUGCAUCCAACAAUGCCCCACAAUACGAUCAGUUCAAUAUCAUAAACAGAGAUUGUCUCAAGAGUCAUGAGUACCAGCCAAUCAUUUUGCAAUUGAUAAGAAAAAGAUUAUUAGAAUUGUGUCAUAGUAGGUCCAAUUCAAACAAUAAGCUUCCAGAAUCAACAUCAAUUCAAGUAAGUGGCACAUCAACCAGAAGUUCAGUGUCAAACUUGUCCCUUAAUGAAGCCAACUUACAAAACUACAAUGCAUCUAAUUCCAGUGCUGUCAAUUUGGCAAGAUCGAGGUCGUCUUCAAUUAACUUGAGAAAACAAUCUUUGACUAGAAACAAUUCAAAUAAUUGGUUGCAUGUUGGUAAUAUAAGUAACUUGCGACCAGUAGGAAAUCCAGAUUUCAAUAUCAGUACGGAUUCUUUGCAAUCCAUGCAAGACCAUGUUCCUCAAUCAAUGAUCAACAGAACAAGCUACAACAACAACUUUAACAAUUCCAACACAUCCAAUGUGGGACAGUUGAAUUCCAUGAUGAUGGAUUAUCAUAUCACUCCACCCACUUCACACAAAGGAUCUGUUUCAUCUGCUAUUACCCCACCAUUUAGUGUUGUUCAAAAUUCAAUUCCAGCUUCAUAUGAAUCCGAAGAGUUUUAUUUUUUACAAAGAUCAAGGUCUUCGUCCAGAGGCAAUAAUUUUCCACAUGCCCUUAAUAUCAAUACCGAUAUGUCCAAUCUUCAAUCAAUGAAUUCGAUGCAAGGGUUUUCUAAUGGUAAUCCAAGAAGUGCCGGAGGAAUUGCUUUGGAUUCUCCAUUUUUAUCUGCCACCACUCCAGGUGAUGAAUAUUUCCCAGGAUUCCCACUUCCCAACAACAAUAACAACAGCAAUACUAACCAAAGCAAUGGGGCAGCCACUCCUUCCACGCCAACUGGUAUGCAAAAUAACUUUGAUCAAGCGUUUUCAGCACCACCAUCAUCUGGUGAUUCAUCUAAGAUCAAUAUACCUAAUCAAUACACUUUGAGUGAGAAAAAGAGAGAUUCAUUGAAAAUGAAACGUGGUAUACAUUAG